AUGAUUGCCAAGGAUACACAUUACGACGCCAUCGUAGUCGGAGCUGGCUUUGGUGGCAUCUAUAUGCUCAAGAAGCUCAUCGACCAAGGUCUACGGGUAAAGGUUCUCGAUGCGGCUGGAGAUGUGGGUGGUACCUGGUACUGGAAUCGCUAUCCUGGUGCAAUGAGUGAUACAGAGUCCUACAUUUACCGAUAUAGUUGGGAUAAGGAGGAUCUUCUGGAAUAUCACUGGGAUGAGCACUAUAUAAAGCAACCACAAGCACUAGCUUACCUUGAACACAUCGUCGAGAGGCAUAAUCUCCGGCAGUACAUGCAAUUCGAUACCGAGCUUACUUCAGCACAGUACAACGAAGACACGAAUGCUUGGGAGGUGUCAACCUCUACCAACGAGACCUUCACUUGUCAUUAUCUGGUUACAGCUCUUGGCCUGCUGUCCAAGAGAAAUUUCCCAGCUAUCCAUGGUUUGGAUAAGUUCAAGGGUGAAAAGUAUCAUACGGGUGGCUGGCCCAAGACCUAUGACUUCAAAGGUAAACGUGUUGGCAUUAUUGGGAAUGGCAGUACUGGUGUCCAAGUCAUAACACAACUAGGGAAGGAAAAGCAAGUGGCUAAGCUUAUCAGCUUUCAGCGUUCACCACAAUACUCUGUUCCUUCUGGCGACGGACCCGUGUCUCCUACCUACCGCUCCCAAAUAAACGAGAACUACGAAUCCAUCUGGUCUCAGGUCCGCAACUCCGCCGUCGGCUUUGGCUUCGAAGAAUCCACUGUUCCGUGCAUGUCCGUCACCCCAGCUGAACGCCAGGCUAAAUUCCAAGAGGCAUGGGACAAAGGCAAUGGCUUCCGCUUCAUGUUCUGGACUUUCAACGAUCUUACUAUGGAUCCUGCUGCGAAUGACGAAGCGUGUAAUUUCAUCAAGUCAAAGAUCAAAGAGACGGUGAAGGAUCAGGAAAAGGCACGAAAGUUAUUGCCGAACGAGUACUACGCACGACGUCCGUUGUGUGACGCUGGUUACUACCAGGUAUUUAACCAAGACUUCGUAGAUGUGGUCGCCUUGAAGGAAGAACCGAUUGUGAGGAUGACGGAGAACGGCAUUGAGACGACUAAAGGACACUAUGACCUGGAUGUGUUGAUCUUCGCCACCGGCUUCGAUGCCGUCGACGGUAACUACACCCGCGUCGCCGUCAAAGGCCGCAACAGCGAAUCCCUCUCCGAGCACUGGGCCACUGUCGGUCCAGAAUCCUACAUGGGCGUCUCAGUCGCCAAUUUUCCCAAUCUCUUCAUGAUCACCGGUCCCAACGGCCCCUUCAGCAACAUCCCACCCGCCAUCGAGAUCCACGUCGAAUUUAUCGCAGACACAAUCGCGCUCGCCGAGAAGAAUCACCAGCACCAAACACAACCACAACCCAACAACGAAAAGGGCGCAAUCGUCGAGGCAACGCUCGAAGCCGAACGAGGUUGGACGGAUCUCUGUAACGAGUACAGCAAGGAUAGUCUCUUCAGAAAGAGCCCCAGCUGGAUCUUUGGCGCGAAUGUGCCAGGGAAGAAGUAUAGUAGUUUGUUUUUCUUUGGUGGGCUGAAGGAUUAUAGGGAGAAGUUGCAGAAGAUGGUGGAUGGGGGGUAUGUGGGAUAUAAGCCGUUUUGA